AUGACAGAAAAGAAUCAAGGUUUAUCAAAUAUUCAAUAUAUCGAAACAACAUCAUUACCUGAUGAUAUACCAAAAGUUGAUGAAGUUGGUUCAAGUUCUGCACCUUUAAAAUCUGCUGCUUUCUUUAUUGGAAAUUAUUGUAAAGAUUAUAACGAUGAUUUUAUUUUAUGUAAAAAUGAAAAUAAUGAUCCAACACAUUGUUUAAAAGAAGGUAGAAAAGUUACUAGAUGUGCAAUUGAUUUUUCUCGUCUUCAAGUUCAAAAAGAUUCAAAAGGUCCCGGUGCAUAUAAGGGAAGUAGGGAUGCUAUUAUAAAAAUAUUAAUGAGCGAAGGUGUUAGUGGGUUGUAUUCUGAGUUUAUUGGUGAUAUAUCAGUAAAGCAAUCAAUGAUUGCAAGUUCUAUAGCCGGUGCUGCUACUGUACUAAUUACAAAUCCUAUUUGGGUUGUCAACACACGUGUAACAACACGAACAUUAGAAACAAUUAUAAAUAUAUUUGAUAAUGAUGGAAUUUCUGCUUUUUGGCAAGGUGUAACACCUGCUUUGAUUCUUGUAAUAAAUCCCAUCAUUCAAUACACAGCUUUUGAACAAUUGAAAAGUCGGUUAGAAAAAAUUAAAACAUUGAAAAAUUCGGAUUUUUUUAUUUUGGGGGCUAUAAGUAAACUUGUUGCCACCACUUUAACUUACCCAUACAUUGUUAUGAAAUCACGUAUGCAAUUACGUCAAACUUCAAAAGGAAAUGGUAGAUAUCAUUCAGUUUUAGAUGGAAUUAAAAAAAUUAUUGAAAGUGAAGGAAUUAAAGGUCUUUACAAAGGAAUCUCUUCAAAAUUACUUCAAUCGCUCUAUGGUUAA